CACCGUCGGGUAGCGGAGCGAGGAAGGGGUGGCCCUGCGGCCAUUCCCACCCUAGUUUCGUCCCCUGGCGACGGUGGUCUGGCCAGUUUAUGGCCCUUAAUUAUAGGGUAGCUUUGCGUCCUUUCCUCUUUGGUCUCUUUGGUUCUCUUUGGGGUGGAUGGGGCUAUUUUCCCACGGUGUUCGGACACCGAGUUCAGGUAUAGGGCUGUGCCUCUUUGUAACGUGUAUUUCGCGAGUUGAUGCGUCACUAUAUCCCCGGUUUUGUUGUUAACAGUAAGGCAAUGUCGCAGCAAGGUAGAAAAAUAAAAUCCCGGUCCAGCUCAAACCAUAAGGCUGUGGAAUUCCAGUCCCAGAGAACGAUUAGAUCAUUUUUCUCUGCUUCGUCACACGAUGACGGUAAGUCACAUGAAAUAAUUAAAGAGAGAGAGAGAACUCAGAUUCCUCUUGUAGAUUAUGAUUUUUUUGUGUUACCUAAGUAAUAAUUUGAAAAAAAUUAUAAAAUCACACCAACUUAUUUUGUUAACCUUUUUCUAAUUAUUUCAGCUGCCAGUCUGUAUCUGAUUAUCAAACUUUUUUAAAAAGAAGGUGAAAGGACCCCGUUCAAUUUAAUUUUUUUUUUAUCUAAAAUAUCGUAGAAGCGGGCACUUGUAGAGGUUUACUGUUAGAUAUACUGAAGAACCAACAUGUUGAAUAGUUUUGAUGAUGUCCUGCUGUUUUUCUUCCGACAGAAAACAUCACGAAACAGAAUAGCGUGAAGUCUUCUAACGAGAAGUGUACAAAUCAACAGGAGAAUUUUGAUGCAUCACAUGAUCGAUGUGGUGAGAAUGGUGAGAGUGACAAUAAAAGAGGUCGAUAUGAUACAUGCGAUAUAUCUGCAAGAACAGAGGCGCAUGAUGAAAUCCAUGAGAAGCCGGCUGAUGGGCUUUGCUCUGAGACAGAGAUAGGUAGUGGUGCAUGCCUUAAUGAUAAUCGAGAAGUCAGUACUUCGUACGAUCAAGACUGUGACGCUGCUCUGUUUACAGUUAGCGACGAAUAUGUAACCAGUCGACAGUCUCGAUGUCAGUCUACCAUGUGCUGCAAAGACGCAUUAAGUCCUUUUCAGCCUGUAAGCGAUAUCAUCCUCUCCAAAACAGAAAGGUCAUUUUCUACUUCAUCUGCUAGAAGAUUGAAAGCCUCGUGGUUUGAGUUGUAUCCUUGGCUUCAUCUCUGCACAACUAAUUACAAAGCAUAUUGUUUUAUUUGCAUGCAAGCAGCACAUCAUCAUGCUAGCAGUAAAGCUGAUCAGGCAUUUAUUUCGAUAGGUUUUAACAACUGGAAGAAAGCCAUAGAAAAAUUCAACUGCCACCAAAUGUCUUCUGCACAUCGUGCUGUUGUCGGCAACAAGAUGGCUAGAGAAUCAGGCAUUUCAGUCUAUGGUCAGAUUUCCACUCAGUAUGAAUCACAACAAAAGCAAAAUCUUGCAAGUUUCAUGAACGAAUUAAAAAGCCUUGUAUUUCUGCUUCGUCAGGCACUGCCUAUUCGCGGUCACGAUGAUGAUGAGGGCAACCUUCAUCAGUGUUUGAAGAUCUGCUUUAGUGAGCACAAAUGGACAGAAGACGGAAGAUAUUUGUCACCUGAAAUAGUGAAUGAACUUAUCCAGAUAAUGGCACAUUCUAUCCUGCGCUCUGUGCUGGCCGACAUCAGACAAGCAAACUGGUUUGCAAUCUUAGCAGACGAAACGAGAGAUAUCUCAAACAGAGAGCAAUUAGUAAUCUGCAUAAGAUGGGUAACGGAACAGUACGAAGUAGUGGAGGAACCAGUGGGUCUCUUGCAGCUUGACAAUUCUUCGGCAGUAACUAUCUUCUCUGCGCUGAAAGACUGCUUGAUUCGGCUGAAUCUCCCCGUCGAAAAGUGCAGAGGUCAAGCGUACGACGGCGCAAGCACGUUUCAAGGCCACAUUUCUGGGGGUUGCAAAGCGAUUCAGAGAUGA